CACAACAGUAAACACAGGUACCAAAAAGAGAGUGAAAGACCCCUUUCUGAUACUCUCCUUCUCUCCGUCUCCGACCUAGCGAGAGCCGAGCGACCACCACCAGGCCCCUCCGAGAAUGUUGCGUCGAGCUUCGGGGCUGUUGGCCCGACCCAUUUUAGCGGCAAGGGCUCGACCCUUCUCCACUGAUUUGCCGGCGGCUCAGACUGCGGAUGCCACGUUCGUGGAGGCGUGGAAGAAAGUGAUCCCUAAUAUGGACCCUCCUAAGACUCCUCUCUCUUUCAUGCAGCCUCGUCCCCCAACUCCUUCCUCCAUUCCUUCCAAGCUCACUGUCAAUUUCGUUCUUCCUUAUGCUUCUGAAUUGGCCACCAAAGAGGUUGACAUGGUUAUAGUGCCAGCAACAACUGGACAGAUGGGUAUUCUUCCAGGACAUGUAGCAACAAUUGCAGAAUUGAAACCUGGAGUCUUAUCAGUGCAUGAAGGAAGUGACGUUACAAAGUAUUUCAUCAGCAGUGGUUUUGUUUUUAUCCAUGCCAACUCUUUUGCAGAUAUAAUUGCUGUUGAGGCCAUGCCACUUGAUCAAAUUGAUGCAAGUCUUGUUCAGAAAGGGCUUGCAGAUUUCACUCAGAAGCUGAGCUCAGCCACAACUGACUUGGAGAAAGCUGAAGGCCAAAUCGGAAUUGAUGUGCAUAGUGCACUCAACUCAGCUCUGACAGGCUAGUGUUGUUUGUCAUUAUGUUCCUUGGUUAGUCAUUUGUCCGUUUUCUCUAUCUUAAACCUUCCUUAUUGACACUUAGAUUUAUCUCAUGGAUCCAUAUAUUGUUCUGAACACGUUGUUCUUUUCUUCUAUUUCAAACGUUGAACGGGGAACCAACAUAAAUAAUCUUUAAUGAAUUCUUCCUGGUUUGCAAAAGGAAGAAACUUUAAGAAACAACAAAUUGUGUUGAAUCACCAUGUAUUUCAAUUCUCCCCUUAAUUUUGGGUUGAACCCUCCCUCCCAUUCAUGUUAAAAAUUCGUGGCUGCAACGCGUGGAUUUGAAAUCACAUUAUUGAAAAGGCAGGUUUAUUGAUU